AUGAAUUUAGCUUCGCUUUUACGUGCCAGUCUGUUGUCUCGAACGUCAGCUUAUGGAAGCUUUGUGCCAUUGAAUGAAAGUUGCCAGAGGCUCUUCUGUGUGACAGCGGCGGUUGGAGCGGGCCACAGCAAAUGGCAGAACAUUCGACAUACCAAAGCAGCCAAGGACCAGGAGAGAGCGAAGAUGAUCCAGAGGCACGUGUAUGCGAUAAAGAAAGCAGUUCGAGAUGGCGGAAGUCCGAAUCCUGUGAUCAACUCCGUGCUCGCGAACGCGAUGGAUCGAGCCCGUAGUAAUGGUGUUCCCGUGAGUUCCAUGGAACAGGCGCUGAAAAAGGCAGAAGGCGACGAUGCGAAGCCGUAUGUACUCGAAGUCAGAGGCCCGUCUGGAGUUUUUCUGAUUGUCGAUCUCCUUACGAAUAAUCUAAGGCGAAGCAAGCAAAGCAUGCAAGUCGUGCUCAACAAAACAAAGGCAGUUCUUGCAGACUCGAGCGUGCGACGGUUGUUUGAAUACGAGGGGAUGAUCCAUGCGUCGGUUCCAGAAUCGCUGUUACAGGGUGUAGGUACCACAACUGCUCCUUUUCCCGCGUCUGAUUUGAACGCCGUUUCCGAACGGAUUUUGGAUCACGCGAUUGAGUUCGGUGCGGAAGACGCUGGGGUUGAGGAAGACUUGACUCAGGAGAAGGAGGUGAUUGUGGCUUGGUUCAAGUGUUCCCCAGACGACGUGGACAACGUGAGGAAGAAAGUGAGUGAAGCUGGCUUUGACGUGUUCUACGCGGAAUCGGCUUAUACGCCGCUGUCUCGGGUGCCGAUCACCGACGAGGGAAGUGUGAAAAUGUUGACCAAGUUGAUAGAAGGCUUAGAAGGGAUUGAUGAUGUCCUCAAGCUUAGUUAUGCACUUUGGAGUGCUGAUUAUGUUCAUGCGUUGAAAAUAAUGGAAAAGAGCAGGGACAGCUUCAAGAAGUGUUCCGCACUAAGCAGGAUAUUGACGGAUUUCCCUAUUCAGCUCUCUAUCAAUGAACCUUCUGGCAAGGUUUCUGCUGUGAACCUGACUAAAUACUUCCUGGCUGUGGGACAGAGAACGUUCUGUGAGGAAAAAAAAUAA